UAUUAUUCAGAUAAAGUUGCAUUUGUAGUCAAAUAUUAAAAUGUAUACUACUACAACAACGGAUACCGAGAAAAGUUAUCCCUUUAAAGUUGAAAACAAAUUUAUCGUUAAAAGUGGUUGCAAGAAACGAAUGUGGAGAUCACUGAAACAAAUAUUAACAGCUGAGAGGGCUUUGCCUUGGCCAGAUGAUGCUGUUUUGUAUUACUCCAUUAAUGCACCACCAACAUUUAAACCAACAAAAAAGUAUUCAGAUAUAUCUGGAUUACCAGCACCCUACGUGGAUCGACAUUCAAAACUGUUCUACUGUAAUGUAGAAGAGUUUGCAACCAUAAGAAGUUUGCCAAUGGACAUUACUGCUGGUUAUUUGCAAUUAAGAGGAGCGAAUACAAUUGUUGGAUAAAGAAAUACAGGAUGACAGUCUUUGAGUGACAUUUUCUUCAAAAGGCAGUUUUUCUCUGUUUUGCAAGAUGUUAUUCAAAUUAUUAAGGUAUAAUGAUUUGUAAAUAAAAAAUUAAAAGUGUAAUUUGUUGUAUUGCCAGGUAUCCACCAUACCUUUUAUGAUUACA